AUGGCUUCAGGUACAUCACCAUCUGCCGCAGAAGAAGCGUUACGCACAACAGUUGAAAAAGCAAAUUUUCAGCGGUUGACAUGGCUUCUGAUGCGUGGAGGACUCGCACUUUUAAGGGACGUGUUUGACGCCAUCCAUCCACCAGCUAAUCUUCCAGCUGUGCUUGGUGCCAAAAAGGUGCACCUUCAAACUUUGAAAACAACUACUGGGAACAAAGUCCUUACCUACGCCGAGUGGAAGUGCCUUUACAACCCACAUGGACCAGGAACCUAUGGAAAGUCGGCCGAUUUUGAUAUCAGCUUACUUUACAAAUUACUUCGAUCAAUAUGCAGCCUUACCGCUCCAGUAACUGGAUGGGACAAAUUGCCUAACAACACUGAUCACAGCCGUGAGGCAGACAUAGUGAGAAUCAGAUGUUUGCGUAAUACACUUCAUGGUCACAACGAACGCAUGGAAGUAACAGAUGCUGAUUUCGAGAAGCUUUGGAUGGAAAUCAGUGAGGCGUUCUUGAGAAUUGCUGGGGGCAUUAGUAGUGCAAAGAAGGAUGAGUGGAAGAAAGCAAUCGAAAAGUUUUUCCUUGAACCACUAACACCAGAAGCAAAGAUAUGUGUUGAGGAACUUCAAUCGUGGUACUUAAAGGAAAUGGAGACAAACGCCAGGGUCCAAGAGCUAACUGAAGAGAUGAAGCAGAUGAGAAAAAUGCUCAUGGAUAUUUACAUCUUUGUUAAAGAACCUAUAGCAAGGGGAUCAACCCCACAAGGGCCAUCAGCAAUCCCAGAGCAGCAACAAAUAGAAGGUUCUGCAGGAGUAUCCACAAGCUCAGGUCUGCUGAGUCAGCAGGAUCAUCCAAUAGCUCUUGAUUUCUGGACUAUCGUCAAGAGUUCCUUCGAUCUAUUAUUCAAAUACUUCAAAAUGAAGCUUGGAGUUGACGUUCAAGGCUACAGACUGGGCAGCUUGGUUUUAACAGUUUCCUGCAGUUCAAUGGAAGUGCUGGAGACGUUGUGGGAGGAGUACCGGACAGGGCAUCUUAAUGAAAUGAUUCAAGAUACGCUUGUAACGGCAGAGGUCCUGGAAAAGCUAAACCUGGUGGAGGUUAAACUGACAACGUUUAUUACAGAGGAAGACUAUUUGUCUUACAAAGAUUUUUUGAAGAAAAGUUCAGGUAAUUCUUUUUUCUUUUCAGUUCAGAUAAUUCUUUGAAACUAUGUUUAACAUAUGGUUAUGAUAUCAAGCUGGUCAGGGGGAAAAAUUAGUGAUAAAAACUGUGGCCCCAGAGAAAACACUUGCAAACUCGAAACUUGUCAAAGCUACGGAAAUUUUUGCUUCUUACACACGAACCAAUCGCGACCGCUUAUGCGAAUCCUCGUCCCAUGUGCAACUUGUGACGUCAUUGGCAGUGCUUAUUCUUCCAAGUGCAAUCAUAGUUCAAUAGUUGAACAUGCUGAUCCGUGUACAUUUGUUUUAUAACACAACCAACAGGGAAAGACUUUGAAAUUUGCUAAAAGAUAUCAUAAUAUAACAUGACAAAAGUAAAGCGAAUUACAGUGAAACCUGUAUUAAGCGGACACCCUCUUUUAAGCGGACAGUAGCCGAAGUCCCCAAAUUUAUUUCCCUUAUUUACUUUAAAUGAAACCUUUAUUAAGCGGACACCUCUAUUAAGCGGACGCGGACACCUAAAAAGUACCUGACAUUGUCAUUUCUAUUGUUACCAACCUUUAUUAAACGGACACUUGUAAUUAAAUUCCACCACCCAACAUGCCAGACACCGGAAAUGCAAAAGAUUUCCUCAAAUUGCCACCCACAUUUUUUUUUAUUUUUACAUUAAAAAAACGUGACUUGAUUAGUUUCACAGUACAGUAUUGUUUUCUAUUUCGUUUUGUUUGUAUAGAGCUUGUUUCACUCAUCUGAAUUCUUCAAAUUUGAGUUGCAAUCUAUCAGAGAAAGUUAUGGUACUACAAUCAAUUGGUCCACUUUGAUAAAGAAAUUAAUGCAAACGUAUAUCAUCAUAGUCUCUCGGGGAGUAUUCUGAGCGUUUCCACUGUUCAUUUGAAUGGCAUUUGACAACUCAUAUGACGUUUAAUAACUAUCGAAACCUGUAUUAGGCGGACACCCUGUAUUAAGCGGACACCAUAGCAUUCCCCGAGGGUGUCCGCUUAAUACAGGCUUCACUGUAGUAAUUUUUACCUCAUAGUUCACAAAGGUUUUAUCUAACUAAUGACAAAAAGGUUUACAAAAUGUCGUCGUUUAUGAUAACACACGAAAAGGUUCCCUACUAUCCAGAUUUAGACAGAAGACUUCUCAUUCGAAGAAAAGAUUUGCUUGAACGACUUUGCAAAAUAUAAUUUGAACACGCCAUAGCGCGCGCAAAUGUUUGUACUAAUUGAGUUACUGUUGCACUUGGAUGGAUUGCUGAGCUCUCGCUGUCGCCUUGUGCCACUCUCUACGCCUCUUAGCAAUCUUCUGCGUUUCACCGCGGUCAAACGAGAGAAUUUGAAAAAGCUGGUCAAAGUAAUUCAAAGCUAAGGUUCUUACUUUCACUGUUGAGAAUUAAAGAUAUUAAUCCAGUACGCUGUUAAUUUACUUUUAGCAUUUGGAAAGUUUAUUAUUGUUAAUAGGAAGAAAGUUCUAACAGUUUGAAAACUGAAGCUGGUGUUACUCUCUAGCACCAUUUGUCAACAAAAUUUUUCUCGUUCUUGAAGCGAUUUUAACGAAAAGAUGCUUAUUGGUUGGGAAAACAUAUUGAGAAUUGCUGGUGGCCUAAGUAAUGCAAAGAGGGAUGAGUGGAAGAAGUCCAUGGAAAAGUUUUUCCGUGAGCCACUAACACCAGAUGCAAAGAAAUGUGUUAAAGAACUUCAAUCGUGUUACUUUAAGGAUAUGGAAACAAAAGAUAAGCUUGAUAAACUAGAUAAAAUUGUGGAGAAGAUGCAAAUUUAACAGGACAAAAUGGAAGCAAAACAAGAUAAAAUGGAAACAAUUAACGUAUGGAAAUUUUCAUCGCCAUUGAAGAUCUUAGGACUAACAGGUCACCUAAAUCAGCCCCUGAAGUAAAGAAACUUGUAACAAAAAGAGAGUAGCAAAGUCUCAAACAUCCGAAGUCUCGUAUUAUUUUACAGUCGUUUAUAUUGUGGGGAGACUUAACGUGGCUAUACCCUCGCAUGUUUCUGAAGUGCCGGUUGAUAUUUGCUGACUGCAUACAACGAGGGUUGAAAAGAAAACAAAACCGGGGCAGGGUCUCUUAUUAUUCGUCCUUUACAAAAAGGCUAUCAAAGUGAUUACAUUGCUACUCAGUUAAGUCAUUCUCUCGAUCAAGGGAGACGACCGAAAUAAGGAUUUUUCUGUAGUAUUUUGCAACUUUGCAGUGCUAUAUCUUCGUUUGCUUGCUUCACUUUCAAACUGGGCGAGUCACUUAAUUGGCCAUCUUUCCUGUAUGUAGUGGAGAUGGUUAUUCACUAUCUGGUCUGCAAAGUCUUCGUGACACCGUGGAGGUUUAUAUUGGAUUUAGUGUCUUAUACAAAAGGCCAGCAAAGCGAAUGACCAAGUGAUAUGUCGAGAUAGGUUAUUAUCUGUUAUGUCUCAAACUGGGAAGUCACAAAUUGUGUCCUUGCAUCUUCGUUAGGUGAAGAGGAGGAGACAACACCUAUUCACCAAGUUCAAGGAAGUGCAGCGACGCUGCUUGUUCAAGGUGAGAUAUAAAGAAGUUUUCCUUUCCUAGGUCAAAAGAAGUAGACACAGUUUUUAAAUGAUUGAUAUGAAUAUCUAUCACUUUUGACCCUAUCAAAGGGAAGAGAAAGGGGUUGUAUGAGGAAUUUUUAUCCCUUCCCAUUUGUCGAUCUUUUGACAGGAAAAAUUCCCUUUUAUUAAGCAGUAAAGUUCAAGCUCUCAAAAUGUUACGGUUGUUUUUAUGGUUGGGGAACUUUGCGGGCCUACUUCUUUGCUUGUUUCUGACUUGCAGAAAAAUGCAGAUGAUAAGAGUCUAUUAGAAAUUGUAAUUCGCCCUUUAGAAAAGGCAAGCAAAGCUAUUACAUUUAAUGACUCGGUUGUGUCAUAUUUUGACGGAGUUGAUCGAACGAAGGAGGAUUCUAAACGACGUACGUACUGGGCGUGCCACCGGCAAGUAUUCAGAUUACCCAACAAUUAAAUAAGGCAACUUCAACAUAUAUUCUGAUACAAAAUUCAGUAAUAAGUUACAUAACCAGGCAUACAAAAAAAAACGUUGCGAGGAAGGAAAAAGCCUAUAGUUUUUAAAAUAACCGCAUGGUUUUCCAUAUAGACACUUGUUUGUUAGAGUUACCUAUAAAGUGACUCUUAAUCGGCAACUUUCGUAUUUUAAGAUGUCAUUUUGUCGCUCUCACCUUUUCGCAUGAACAGCACUACCCGGUUUCUAGUAAGAUAAUCUCAAACAAUCAACCAGUCUAGAACUGGGAAAUAAUUGAUUCACAUUUAAAAAUAAUAAAACCUCAGACGUUUGACUACGGUGGACUUUCUGAUCUUGGGUGCAGUCAUAAUUCUACUCAAUUUAUGUCACUGAAAUUUAAUAAAUGUGUUUUAUCUUCCCUUCUGAUCGUUUCAGCUAUUGUCUGCAUGUAGUUACUUUAUUUCAUCACGAGUAACUGGUAAAUUUCCUUUCAAAGUUGGCAUUUGAGCUUACAAAGAUCAUUCGUUUUUUCACAACUUGGAAAACGCGAUCAUACUUCACUCCCGGUUUCUCGCUUUAGCUGAACGAAAAGCUAGAAAUAGGUCAUUUUCGAGUUCCAAAGACUUUCACUUUCAAUCGAGUUAAAGCUUUCUUGUGAAACUGAUGUUUAUUGGAGAAUAUGACACUUAGAUAUCAAUAGCUUGCACUUAGCCUCGUUUUGAAACAGAGGCUUGUGGGCAACUCAGAGAUGCCUAGUGUAUCUUUUCGUCUUCUUUAGCUAAAGGUGAAGGAACAAUUCCAAUGAAUCAAGUUCAAGGAAGUCCUGCGAAGGGGCUUGUUGAAGGUAAAAUAUGAUAUAAAGAAGUUUGCUGACAAGGAAGCCAUUGAAAUGAAUAUCGUUUACUCCUCAUUAUUUAAUAAUCAUUCUAUCAGAGGGAGGGGUUGAAAGGGAAUGCACGACGAAUCAGUUAUCUCUUUCUCUUUAAUUCGGACAGAAGGAAGAUCACCUUCAAUUAAUUAGAAGUAUUGUUCAAGCUCAAAGGGAAGAGAACUCGGGUUAAGAUAUAUAAUAACCUAGCUUUUCUGGCUGAUAAGGUGGAAAGAAACACAAAUAUCUUUUACAAGUUUUCAGCGAUUGAUCGGAAUAUCGAUUACUCCUUGAUUAUUCAAUCAUAACUCUACAGAGUGAGGAGAGAGGCAAUGCGUGAAGAAUAUCUUACCCCUCAGUUUCUCUUUGGACAGAAAGAAGAUCACCUUUAUUUAGAAAGUAUUGUUCAAGCUCAAAGGUUUAAUGUAUAUUACCCAAAGAGUCCUGCAACAAAGAAAUAUAGAUAAAACACAAACAUUUACCGAGGUCUCUUAAAAUUUUACACAGUCGAUUGUAUGGCGGGGAACUUUACCGGACUAAUCCUCACAUGCUACCGAAGUGCUGAUUGAUAUUUUCGGACUGGUCCUCAGGAACAGCCUAAAAGAUAAGUCUUCAGUUUCGCGCACAAAAACUUUCAAAAAAGUCAUGCAUGUUACACGUGUUUAUGUUGUUGUUACAGCUAAGGUAGAGAAACCCAUCAGCCUGACCAAACCAGUUUCCCACCAACAACUCGCUAAUUUAUCAAGAGCUCUUGGGUCAAACUGGAGAUUGCUUGGUUCAUUGCUUGGAAUUCCUGAGCAAAGGCUAGAAAAUCUUAGCUCGACGAAUAAACUUGAACAUAAUAAAGGAAAGAAGAUGCUUUAUGAGUGGAAGAAAACCAUUGAUGGUGCUGCUACGAAGGACUUGCAAGAAAAACUGAAGAAGAUGGGAAUGGGUCAUCUGGUGAAACUUGAUAAAGGUACACUUUCUUAUGAUACUGAACGUGGAGAAGAGUAAACAAUAGGGAGUUAAAGCAACGAAGACAGCGACGGAAACGGGAGAACGGCAAAUAGGUUUAUAUUGACAAAAUAACAUCUUUAAUCUUUGCACGUGCAUCGCGUUUUUUUGUACAUUUCUUAGCCGUCGUUGCCUAAUUUCACGUUUUGUCGAGGACUGGAACAGAAAACAAUAAUUUUCUUUUUUUUUUUUUCCUGAACUUUUGAUACAAUCCUUGGAAUUCAACUCCAAAGAAAUUUGCCAAUAUUUGACGAAUUAAACGAGAUGGAAUAAACGCGAUAAUAAUUGAGGCAGCGCGAAUUUAUUUUUUAAGUGACGUUUUCGUUUCCGUCGCCGUCGUCGUUGCUUAAGCUCCCUUAUGAGGCUCUUUACUACAGGGCCCCCAGACGACGUUGUUAUGCAAAAUACUGAACUGUUCGAAAGAAAAAAAAUAUUGCCUAGAAAGUUCAUCAUUUUCAUUAGUGUACACCUCCUGAAUGGAUUCACUGUAAUAGCUGCUGCAACCGUGACCACGUUAAGUAAGAUAUGCAAGUCGUAAAUGUUAAGUUAGUUAUCGAGUAAAUACGAAGAUACAACCGUGAUGGUCAGCUAUUGAUAUGCCAACUUAUAUACAUUGGUUCGUUUUGUCAUUAUUUUAUCAAUAAUGUUCUUUUUAUAAUUCUCUCACAUUUUCAUUGAAGACGCGACCAAGUAGACGACACGAGCUUUUCUGCUUGUAAUCUCUUGACAAAUGAUAACUGUCUUGACUUGAGGUUAGGGGUGUCUCACGUCCCCGUCCGAGCAAUGAAGCGCGCGUUUCGAAUACAACAAAUAUCACCAAAACCUAUAUCACCAGUAAUCCUUAUCAUCCCUCGGGAGCUAAAACUCUAAGCGAUUUGUUGUUUUGCAUUGUCGUUCUUGGGUCAUGGGACUCAAGAGGGGUUUUGCCAUAUUCGAUUGCGAUGAAACGUUACCGGUCUAAUACAUGGACUUCUUAAUCGGUAUCCGGUAUGUGAGAAUAAAAAUAGAGUAAACAAGUCUGACGUCAUAAAAAUUCAAAUUUGUGAAAUUAUGGGAUUAGUUGGAAAAAUGAAAAGUGGUGGGGAGAGCGCCGUUAUGCUCUGAUGACUCCAUACAAAACCUUAUGAUAAAGGCCUACCGGUUUUUUAGAAGGGUUUAUAUGGAGUCACCGGAACAUAACGGUGCUUAUAUCUAUCUCCUCGCCAAUUUGCACUUACAGGCUAAUUUUAGCAACUGGACUAUUUCUGCCCGGUUCUUUCUGGACUAACAGGCCUGGGGCUAAGUAUGCUAAAUAACCCCAUAAUCCCACAAAUUUAGUUUUUGUGACUUCAUCACGUCUCAUUACCCUUUAUCCUCGGUAGGUAAACCAAAAACUCGACAAGUAACAGAAGUUUCAAUUCCUACGACUACUCAAGGUAAGAUAUACACCGCGGUUCCCUGAACUUAUCGGGAAAUACCUUUGAACGUUACGUAACCCACCUAUGUGCGGCAAUAUAACUCCAUAUUUCUCUUCUUUUUAUUCACGUUCUCACCCUUGAGACCAAGUUGGGAAAAGGUAGUGGGGCUUGGAUGUUACAUGUUGCGUCCGUUUUCACACCCUUUUGCAUGUUGUACGCAGUUGUUGCGAAAAGUUUGAAACCAGUCAAACUUUUAGCUACAGGCAAACAGACGCAACAAUGUCAGGAGUUGUUGGCCAACAAUGUUGCGUCCGUUUGCACGAGACUUUACAUGUAUAAUAUAAAAAACAUAAUUAUAUUUGUUAUUCAUGUUAUCUGACCAUUAAAUGUUUUUAAGUGGUGGAUAAUUUUCUUUCUUCCUCGUUAUACUAGCUCAACAGCAAACGGACAAAUUUUCCAAAGGUGAGACUUACACGCCGUUUCUCUCAGUUUAUGUUUUUUUAUUUAUCGAGUAGAUAGAGGACAAUGUCGCUAACGGCUACGUAAGUGAAUAUAAUUGUGACUGCUUAUGAAUAUCUAUUUUUGUUAUUUAUCAAUCCGCUUUGGCUCGUGAUCCUCUUACUAUAAAUUCCUUGUAAAGAGUAUAAUUAAGGUGGCUCGAUACAGUUUUACAGGAUACCUCCCAAGUACGAGCAUAAAGAUUUGGAAAAAUUGCCACCGCAAUUGUAUUAGGUAAAGGUGGAAAUUUGUUAUGAUCAGGGUUGCAAUGACAUCGGAGUUGUUUUAGCGACAAAAUGACGCCGUUACCUAUUUCACUAGCGGCAGUAUUUCUCGGCACUGGAAACUGUCCUUCCAAAGCUCAGAGGAGCUUUUUCCUCCGAUAGCGGCCUCGUUAUUUGUGAGGUCUACGCGAAAUCUGUAAGGAGCGUUAUCGAGAUAUUUCGGGAUGAAGUUUUUAUGGUUAGAAGUUCGGAAAGAAGUGGACAAUCUUGAUGUUCGAUUGUUAUCUGUAGAAAACGAAGCGCUUUUGACAUGCACUUUCACCUCAUAGUAGUCUUAAUCGUUUUAAAAACGUGUGUGAAAGAUCAUGGAGAUAUCUCCGGCCGAUCGAAUUGCUAGAAAGAAGAAUUUGAUUAGUAUGUAUUAGGCGCUCUUGUUAGCGGUGUGUGAAAAUUUCAGUCUUCUUUCUUUCUACUAUUUCUCAACGUUUCUUCUCAUAAAAUAACUUUAAACUUAAUUCAUCCUCUUCAGACUGGGCCAAAGUUGAGAUAUUUUCUUCUUAGAGACGUGACGUUUUUAGUCCAAAAUCUGAAAUAUGAAGUAACCCUUAGUGCACACUGAUAUUAUUUCUUUGAUAAAGGUGUUUGAUUUUAAUUAUAUUUACACGACUGAAUGCAAGAGUAAGAAAAAGAGAACCUAUGGCGAAAAGGAUAGAUUCAGACGACCGUGCGCUGCUUUCGCACUUCCAGCUGCCCUUUUGUUACUUUCAUCAUUUUCAUGUAAACCAAUAUCCAAUUUCUGGACAAUCUCAAGCAAUCAGCCAGUCUAGAAUUAGGGUAUUAGAAGGAUCCUGGUGCGGCUACCGCAGGAAAAUUCAAAAUAGCUCACGCAUCAUGCUCUUUUUGUUAGAGCUAAGGUGGAGGAACCCAUCACCCUGACCAAACUAGAUUGCCUCCACCAGCUCACUAACCUGUCAAAAGCUCUCAAGUGAAUCUGAAGAAAGGCAGCUUCCCUGGAAUCUAAUUCCGAUUGACCUCUUUAUUUCUUGUUAGGUACACAGGAAACUCAGCAAAAAAGAAAACAUAGGCGUGCUCCAGGUAUGUUACAUAGGGCGUUUGUUGUAACGAGUUAGUAGAAUGCCAGAUAUAGCUAGCUAUGCAUAUACCAAUGUAAAUUGAACACUUCCGAGUUGAUGUUUUCUUUUUAUAUGAUUUACGUUGGCACACUUGAGGAAAUUAUCUCAUCAAGGUGCUAGUUGAGAAUGGAUGAUUUUUUAAAAUAGCUUGAUAAUGAUUUCAUCCAGUCAUAAAGAACUGUUACGUUUCUGACUGAAACAAUGGCCUUGCUGGAGGCGUUACUUUCCCUUGUCCCUCACGCGACCAAUGCUCCCCCAUGGCUCAACGCGUUCUCCGGCGCUGGAUUUCUGAUCCUCCUGUUGCAACGGCAGUCAAGUAGGUGAAGACGAGGGUACCGAAUGCUCUGCUGACGGUAUCGUAGACUGUUGCAGAUUUGCUGCACACACGAAAGACCAGUGCAUCUAGAUCUGCCCAGGUCAUCAACAUCUCAGUUACAGUGGGUGAGCUUUUGGGGAGGAGAUGUUUUAGCAGUUUGACACUGUAUUGUCCGGCAUGUCUCGCAGCAUGUAUCGCCACAUGACAAUACCGUUUAACUGUGUGUGUGUUUUGUUUAAAGGAAAUGUUUUUAAACAGAAACAGACAAUCGUUGAGCGCUCCCCCCCCCCAAAAAAAACAGGAAUCAGUUGACCCUUUAUCGUACCCUUUGAGGCCUCAAAUUUAAUAAAUGACCCUAAAUGUAAUAAAGGUUCUAAGUGUAAUAAAGUUUGACCCUAAGUGUAAUAAAAGACUUAAUAGUAGUAGAAUAACUAUUGGCCGUAACCUUGAUAAAGUCUCAUUGACUUAAAUAUCAUAGCCAGGCGAUUUACUUUCUACGCCAUAUUGAAGUCUUUAUAGACAUGUAACAAUUUCACAUUGCCCAUAAUACACCUUGUUUACCUUCCAAUAUUGUGCAAAACCAUUGUUUCCAGUUUUUGAUGGGGGUAUUACAGGUUUUCCAAGGGAAACUGAAAACAAGGCUGAGGCAUAAAACGUUUCCGAUAAACAAUACGUAGUAUUACUUAACUGGGCAAUGUGAAUAUGGUAGAUUAAUUAUAAAAGAAAAGCAGCAAACAACAAAUUAUUAAAUGAUGAUGAUAGUCUUGGUAAAAUUUCUCUGAUAUUUAGAUCAGAGUUCCAAACAAACCCAACGGUGCCUGGCCUUGUUAAAUCCCAGCCUGAUAUUAGGAAAAGAAGGGAAAAAAACCACUCAAGAAGUAGUGUGAAACGCUAACUCGCUUUGUGCAAGUCAGACACCAAGUAGAUCUGUUGGAUCUUGAAAAGCGUGGAAGGAUUAAAUUUCAGAUCAAGGAUUGUUUAUCAAUAUCUAUUGACCGUUAUGAAUGUUUUCAGUACGGUUCAUUUGUCUUUGAAGUGUUUAAAAGUUAAAUAGAAAAUGGACCCCCUCUUGUACUGCAAAGUUACCAAGGUUCUGACUCUGAAUGUCUAAAUCUCUAGUUCAAUAUUGUCGAGUGCUAUAUCCCUUUGAUGUUAUUAGUUUAUAAUCAGUUUGGUUUCUUAGCGUGUUAACACGACCUACAGUUAUCAGAAACGAAUUCCAAAUAGGAGCCAAUAGUUAAUUGGCUCCUGAUUCCAAAGUAAACGAUCUUGUUUGACAAAAACAGUUCCAGCUAGCUGGACGAAAGCGUUAUACAGCUGAAAUUGAUGGCCCUUGAUGCGGUUUCAGUAUGAAUGACAUUUGGACAAUCUCUGCCAAUUGCAACAAGUUCUAUUUUGCCAAAUGACGUUAUUUAAAAUUUCGCGAAAUAAAGCGACCGCGAAAAUUAUUACCAAUAAGGUAAACGGCUGCGCUAAAAUCAUUAUGGCGGUAAACUCACUGAUGCACAAAAUAAGCAUUGAAACAGAAAAGAAAAGAAAAAUACGUCCAUUCGCGGUCUUCAAACAAUAAGAAAUGGCGUUUGUUUAGGUUUCCCAACGCAUAUCAUUAUGACGGCAGGCUACGUGUUUUUAGGUCUGUCGUUUUGGAUGGUUUUCUUGCUCCAACUAGCAUCGAAAUCUAUUGACAACUCAUCCUGGGCAUUUGUAACGAUAAGAGGAACAAAGCACUGUCCUUGGAUUGCAUCUUCGUGCAGUAAUUUGCUUCAAUUUAUCACAAAUUCUGUAUCACAGAGCUGGUCAGCUUCAACAAACCAUGACGUGCUUGAAAUUAGCAUACAAGAUGGUUUAUUCCCUAAGGAUGUGCUUAGAAAGCAACAGCGUCGGGCGUUAAUUGCCAUGCAACAAUGCACCCAUAUUAAAUUGAACUAUUCAGCUAAAUUUUCCCACUUGACAAAAACAAAAACAAAGAGAUGGUUCAAGGCCCGCAAUGCGUACUAUCCAAACUCAGUAGCAACGUUCAAUUUCAAUGCUUUGACGAUCUCUCUAAGCGGCGAUGUUCAUCCUUUGCCAGAGCCGAUUAGCAGAGGCACUUGUAAGAUUCCUGUCAGAUGUACUGACCGCAAAAAAAAAGACGACCAGCUGCUGUCGCACAUAUGAUGAAUCGAACUGCAUAAAAAUUAAUUCCAAAAGAUCUAACUCGUCGUCGCUGUCGCAGUCAUUAGAUUUCUACGAUCUGUUAAUAACAAAGCACUAUCACUCAAGGACUACACCGUUGAGCAUGAUCUUGACUUCCUUGCCUUCACGGAAACUCGGCUUCACUCAGGGGAGAGUAACAGCUUUUUCGUUGGCGAGUUAUGCCCAAAAGGAUAUAUUUUUUAUCGUACUCCCAGGGAGAACUCAAGAGGCGGUGGAGUUGGUAUACUAGUUAAGAAAUCACUCCUAGUUGAGAGGCUGUGUUCAGCGAAUCUUAGUUCCUUUGAGAAUGUGGUUGCGCUUGCUGAAUAUCCCAUCGGAAGCAUAAGAUUCGUUGUCAUUUACCGACCUACAUCGUCGCAGAUCAAAGCGUUUCUCGAAGGCUUCGCGAACCUCCUCGAGCAGCUUGUUCCAAUUUCAGGCAACUUGUUGAUUGUGGGUGAUUUUAAUUUUCAUCUUGACGACAGUAAUAACACCGAUGCAACCAAGCUUCACAACCUGCUAAAAUCUUUUAAUCUGAAGCAACAUGUUGCCACACCCACCCACUCUAGGGGACACAUCCUAGAUCUAAUCAUCACUCGAUCCGAAGAUGACCUAGUGGAUGGUAUCGUGGUCAGAGAUCCUACCUUGUCGGACCGUUUUGCUGUGCACUGCACACUGAAACUAAGCAAGCCUCGAGCUGAACAGCAUAACAUUAGAUACCGUAAACUGCGAUUUGUUGAUAUGAGUGCUCUG